AUGUUUUGUUUGUCUGGUGUUUUGGUUUCCCUGUUGGCGCAUUUAUUCCCCAGAAAGCCAAAGGAUGUGGUACGUGCGGAGAGCAAUGGGCAGGAAGAGCAAGAAAGCAACGGGCAAAACAAGACAUCGGUAACUGGGUACACAAGGAAAAAGUUUAAAAACAAUUUAAUUAAAAUGUUGAAUGCACUACGCUGUUAUAAAAAAGCUGUAUCAUUCUAA